CUUCUGGUUUUCAAGCGAAUACACUUUCUCUGGUAUUUCAGCGCUGGCGUGGGUCGGACGGGCUGCUUUAUCGUCAUAGACGCCAUGCUGGAGCGAAUUAAACACGAGAAAACAGUGGAUAUUUAUGGUCACGUGACGCUCAUGCGUGCGCAGAGGAACUACAUGGUCCAGACGGAGGAUCAGUACGUGUUCAUCCACGACUCGCUGCAGGAGGCCGUUAACUGCGGGACCACCGAAGUACCGGCCCGAAACCUGUACGCCUACAUCCAGAAGCUGACGCAGAUCGAGUCCGGAGAGAACGUCACCGGCAUGGAGCUCGAGUUCAAGCGGUUAGCGAACACGAAAGCUCACACCUCGCGGUUCAUCAGUGCCAAUCUGCCCUGCAACAAAUUCAAGAACCGGCUGGUGAACAUCAUGCCGUACGAGUCGACGCGGGUGUGCCUGCAGCCGAUCCGCGGCGUGGAGGGCUCGGACUACAUCAACGGCAGCUUCAUCGACGGAUACAGGCAGCAGAAGGCCUACAUCGCCACACAGGGUCCUUUAGCUGAAACCACAGAAGACUUCUGGAGGAUGCUCUGGGAACACAACUCCACCAUCGUGGUGAUGCUGACCAAACUCAGAGAGAUGGGCAGAGAGAAGUGCCAUCAGUACUGGCCCGCGGAGCGAUCGGCCAGAUAUCAGUACUUUGUGGUGGAUCCAAUGGCCGAAUACAACAUGCCGCAGUACAUCCUGAGAGAGUUUAAAGUGACGGACGCGCGGGAUGGACAGUCGCGGACCGUCAGGCAGUUUCAGUUCACAGACUGGCCAGAACAAGGAGUGCCAAAAUCAGGGGAAGGUUUUAUCGACUUCAUCGGCCAAGUGCAUAAAACAAAAGAGCAGUUCGGUCAGGACGGACCCAUUUCAGUCCACUGUAGUGCUGGUGUGGGCAGGACGGGGGUCUUCAUCACACUCAGUAUAGUUCUGGAGCGGAUGCGCUAUGAAGGAGUCGUGGACAUCUUCCAGACCGUCAAGAUGCUGAGAACGCAGCGGCCGGCGAUGGUCCAGACUGAAGAUCAGUACCAGUUUUGUUACAGAGCCGGGUUGGAGUAUCUCGGGAGCUUCGACCACUAUGCAACAUAAGAUCUCGGUCACGCUGUCAGGGAGACGCAUCGGCCAUCGGACAUCCAGCGGUCAUUUAAUUCUUCUGAGCCAUAAAUACCUGCUUGUGAAAAGAACUUAAACUCUUCGAUUACAUGUUGGAUGUGCAACGUAAACCUAGAAAUACUUACAAACGACAAUAACAGACAAACAUCCAGGUGGACCAAGACAAAAAAUCACCCCGAUCUGAAAAUAACGAAUACGUGAAUAAAGAAAUAGUAAUAAUAAUAAUAAUAAUAAUAAUAAUAAAGAGGUGAAUCUGAAGCGGGAUAAUCGCUGCUGUUAGGAUUCAUCAAACUGUGGAUGUGCUGAAGCAUUUGGUGAGACGGGGAGCUCGAUAUACACAUCAGACAGAAGAGUUUGGUUUAAUCCACAAUCAAUAAGAGGAGAAACGUCACGGAUGAAGAAAGGAGACUUCAUCGUCAUCAUCAUCAUCAUCAUCAUGAGGAAAGAAAGAAAGCUAAAGGAACUGAACUACAGUAAUCGCCUGAUGGUUCUGGAGAGAAAUAACUCACAGCGGCUUCCGUUUUGCGUUUCCUCACCGUGUCUCACAUUUUUCUGUUCUUCAUGACGGAAAUCUGCUCAGACUGAGCGUGUCUUGCUUUCCACCAUUUUUCUCGCUCUGGUUUCGUUCUGGCGUCCCGAUGUUGGCACUUUUUCCCGUCGCCGUUUUUCGCUGGUGGUCUGUGGCAUCAGUUUUCUGUGUGCGCCGUGAAUCAUGCGGUGGGCAGAGUAUAAAGGUUAGAAGAUAUCUCAGUUCUUCCAUGAGCAGAGAGAGAUAUUACAGAGAAGAUGUCUUUAUUUAUAUAACGUCCAAAUGUAUAUUCACAAAGCAUAAGAUAGAUAUAUCAAUAUAUAUAUAAAUAUGAUAAUAUAUGGAGAUGAUGGUGGGUUUUGUGUACAUCCGCUGGAAUGCACAUCAGACGGACUCAUCUUUUCUUGUGCAAUAAAUCGAGUUUCUACAGCCGAGGGGUUUUGGCGGGCGAUCGUCGUCAUAUUCAUCGUCCACACGUAAUAAAAGACGUCCAUGUGUUCAUUCGUUUGCAUUUAGAGUGCCUUAUAUUUAUGCCUGUUCUUUUUUACGAUAUUCAUUUAAUGACGUGUAUAGUUUCGGUAGUUCAUGUACGAGUAUUUAUCGGUUGAUUUCCCUCACCUACGGAUUUAUAUUAUAGAAAAUUAUAUAUGCAAAUACGUAACUCCAUCAUUACUGUUUGAUUUCUGUGGCCUUAAUUUGGCUCAGAGAAAAUAAAAAAAAUGACAAGGGUGCGAAAAGAAAGGUGAUUGACCACCGUCAGGCCCGAUACUGUUAAAUCAUUUCUCUCAUAUUUCUUAUUAGAGGCAUUUGAGUUCUCAAACGACACGAAUCCUGAGGAUAUUCGCCAAAAAUACAAACUUCGGUUGUGGAAAAUGACGUCCAAAUAAAUCACUAAGAAGAAUUAUACACCUUCUGUCUUUUUAGCAUGGGAUUUACAGCCAUUUGAUUAAAAAUAGCUAAUUAUUGUUGUUGAUAAUGGAAAAUGACAUUAAGAUAAACCAAUGGGAGGAAUUAUAAACUAUCAAUCUUUUGAAAGACCAAGUCUUGGAGUCAGAUUCCCAGCUAUUUCCAAAAGUAGCUCAUUUUUGUUGUUGGUGAUGGAAAAUGAUGUCAAAUGAACCCCUGAGAAGAAAUAUAUACUAUCUGUCUAUUCAAUACAAAGUUUGAGCAUCAGAUUUCCAGCUAUUUUAGCUCAUUUUUGUUUGGCGAUGAAAAAUGACGUUAAAAUAAGCCUCUGUGAAGAUUUAUCUACCUUCUGUCUAUUUAAUACUAAGCUUUAGCAUCAAAUUCCCAACUAUUUUCAGAAAUAGCUGAUUAUAAUUGUUGGUGAUGACAAAUGACGUCAGAGAAAACCAUUGAGAAGAAUUACACACUAUUGGUCUUUUUAAAGACCACGUUUUAGCAUCAUAUUCCCAGCUAUUCUAUCAAAAAUAGCUAAUUAUUGCUGUUGGCCAUGGAAAAUGAUGUAAAAAUAAACCAACGAGAAGAAUUAUAGACCUUCUGUCUUUUUAAAGAGCAAGUCUUAGCGUUAGCUUCAAAGCUAUUUUCAUAAACCUUAAAUUAUUAUUGCUGGCGAUGGAAAAUGACGUCAAAAUACAUCACUGAGAAGAAUUGUACACUCUGUCAUUUUAAGAGCUAGCUUUAGCAUCAGAUUCCCAGACAUUUAAGCAAAUUUUGUUCUUGGUGACAGAAAAUGACGUCAAAAUUCAAACAAUCAAUCCUGUCGUCAUUUAUGUACAAUAUUAAGAUUGGACUCUUGAAGCUCUUUGUGGAUGUGCAUUCCAGAUGCUUUCCCCCCUUUCUUGUUGCAAAUGUUGUUGUUUUAUCGAAUGUUUCCAUCGUCAGUGUCGAACAGCGGAACUGUCGGCUCUCGGAUCUGCUCCACAUGGGCUUUUCUUUCCGGUUCUGGAUCUUUUUUGAAUAUGCAUGAGUUGACCUGCAGUGGGCGCGAGUAGGAAGAAUUGCACUUUGUAUCUCUUUAUCUCUAUGCACUGCCCUACUGAUUCCGCACCCAUUACGGAUUUUACUUGAACCCGACUGUACGAAUCUCCUUCAAACUUCACUUGGUGUGUAUGUAAAUAACACGGAAAAGAGACUACCCAAGUAAUAAGAGAAAAGAGAAAUGAAAACAUAGUGGAAGUGUCUCUCGAGCAGGACUGAAGCGUCGUGGUGUUUCUCAGCUCCCUGUUACUCUCACAUCUGGAUGCAUAGACUGAAACUAAUUCAACUCAAUUGUAAAGAAAAAAUGGCUUGUUGAAAAAAAAAAAGAAUCAUGAAAUUACCUCUGAUUAGUUGUAAAUGUAAACUGUUUUUGAUUUGAUUUGAGUUUGUUUUCUUUCUCUCUCUGAAUGAAUGGAGUGCUUUUUAUUUUCAUACUUAGAUGACAUUGGUGAAAAGACACAUCUGUACGAGAAGCCGUCCUUCUGUACUUUGCUGACACAAGUUCCAUUUGUUAUAAAUGAAUUCUAUUAAAAAAUGUAAGUGUUAUGCA